UUGGCCACCUGUGUUGAGUGGUUUCCCUUCUGUCAGCUUUGCCUGAUUCCUUCAGUGGAUCCAUGAAUCCCGAGUGGGUUUGAACACUUCUCCUGUUGAGGAUGAAAUCCCUGUGCUGUUUUUGCAGCCCCUGGGGAGGUCACAGAGUGCAGUCCUGUGGUAGCAGUGAUGGGGAGGAACCUUUUCUCAGGAGGAUGAAGAUUGUAAAGAAAACAUCGCUUUCUUUAGACUCAUUUGGCACAAAAUGGCACCAGGAAGAAGCUGGAGGACUCCUGGUCUUGGGAAGGAGGAUGUUCUUCUAGUAGAGCGUGGAAACCCUGAGCACUGAACUUCCAUGAGAAUCAGGAGUCACAUCUAGCCACCAUUCCACAGGCUGCACCAAGCUGUGAUGAGGCAGAGGAGAAAAAAACAUCCCCAAAUUCCUCGAGCAGCAGAGCUGAGCAGUGCACUCCUGGAAAGGUUAUUUUGGGAGAGGGAGCUGCUGCCUGCAGCUUAACAGAAACACACUGGGGAAAAACCUUCCAUCACCUCCUUGUGGGAUUCAAAUUAUUGAUUGGUUUCUCCUUAUCUUGUGCCACGCUUGACUCACGGGGUUACUCAGCAAGAAUUUUCCAACUGAACUUUCCAGCUGGGAGCUGCUGGGACGGGUGAGAGAGCUCAGUGCCCCCACCAUGCCUGGAAAGAGGUCCAAGUGCUCCUUCUCCCGGCUGGAGGUGAUCCUGAUCGCGUGCCUGGUGCUGAUGAUCUCCCUCACCGUGGUGCUCCUGGUCCUGCACUUCCUCACCAAAAACACCAAUGAUUGCACCAACAACGUAGCGGAAGAGGCAAAGUACUUGGUGGGUGUUGGCAGAGCUGACUGCACGGGGCCUGUGGCACAGGUCCCCCUGAUGGGAUAUGCCAACCCCGACCAGGUGGGUGGGGGGCUCCUCUCACGCCUCUACAGCCGAGCCUUCAUCGUGGCAGAGCCUGAGGGCUCCAGACGCGUCGUGUUUGUCAGCGCCGACAUCGGGAUGGUGUCCCAGAGAGUCAGGCUGGAGGUGCUGAAGCAGCUGCGGAGCAAGUACGGCGAGCUGUACCGGCAGGACAACGUCAUCCUCAGCGGGACCCACACGCACUCAGGGCCUGGAGGGUACUUCCAGUACACCCUCUUCUGGAUCACCAGCAAGGGGCUCGUCCAGCCAGCCCUCAGCUCCAUCGUGAAUGGCAUUGUGAAGAGCAUAGAUAUUGCCCAUGAGAGCAUGAAGAAAGGAAGGCUCUUUAUAAACAGAGGCACGGUAGAAAACAGCCAGAUCAACCGGAGCCCUUUCUCCUACCUCGCGAACCCGGAGUCCGAGCGGAACAGGUAUUUGUCUAACACGGAUAAAGAAAUGGUGCUGUUGAAGAUGGUAGAUGAAGAUGGACAUGAGCUAGGCCUUAUCAGCUGGUUUGCUGUGCACCCAGUGAGCAUGAACAACUCCAACCAGCUGGUGAACAGUGACAACGUGGGCUAUGCCUCCUACCUGUUUGAGCAGGAGAAGAACAAGGGAAUGCUCCCUGGAGAGGGCUCUUUUGUGGCCGCCUUUGCCUCCUCCAACCUGGGAGAUGUGUCCCCCAACACGCAUGGCCCCUUCUGCGCCAACACGGGCGAGUCGUGUGACAACCCCCAGAGCACCUGUCCCGUCGGAGGGGCAGCCAUGUGCAUGGCUAAGGGGCCCGGGAAGGAUAUGUUUGAGAGCACCAGGAUUAUAGGGCAAAAUAUCUACUUGAAAGCAAAGGAGCUGUAUGAAAAAGCCUCCCAGGAGGUGACAGGACCCCUGAGCACAGCCCACCAGUGGGUGAAGAUGAGCAACGUGUCCGUGGAGCUCAACGCCACACACACGGUUAAAACCUGCAAACCAGCCCUGGGGUACAGCUUUGCUGCGGGGACUAUUGACGGAGUGGGGGCUUUCAACUUCACCCAAGGCUCAGUUGAAGGGGACCCAUUUUGGGAUCAAAUCCGGGACCAGCUUCUGGGAGAGCCGUCGAACGAAACCAAAGCCUGCCACAAACCCAAGCCCAUCCUCUUCAACACGGGAGAGAUGACUUGGCCCCACCCCUGGCACCCAGACAUUGUGGAUGUGCAGAUCACUGCCAUCGGAUCCCUGGCAAUCCUUGCUGUGCCUGGGGAGUUCACGACCAUGUCUGGACGCAGGCUGCGGGAAGCUGUUAAAAGUGAAUUUGAUUCCCAUGGGACACCAGGGAUGAACAUUGUGAUUGCAGGUCUGUGCAAUGUCUACACCCACUACAUCACCACCUAUGAGGAAUACCAGGUUCAACGAUACGAGGCUGCCUCGACUAUUUAUGGGCCACACACCCUUUCUGCUUACAUCCAGCUGUACAGGGGCCUGGCCAAGGCUAUCGCUCUGAAUGCCACUCAGGAGCUGUCCCCUGGUCCAGAGCCCCCACUUUUCAACAUAACCAACGUGACCCUGCUGCCUUCUCUCAGCACCGAGAGCGCGCCGGCCAAGAAAACCUUUGGGGAUGUGCUGGAAGAAGUGAGACAAGAGUAUCGAGAGAGAGAAGUUGCUGAAGUGACUUUUGUGGGUGCAAACCCCAGGAACUCUGCAGAGAACGCGACUGAGCAUAACUUCCUGACGGUGGAGAGAUACUCCAACAUUUCCAGCAGCUGGCGUGUGGUGCUGAAUGACGCCUCCUGGGACACCAGGUUUUACUGGAGCAAAGGAUCCCGUAGCCAGAGCAACGUGACUGUUGAGUGGCACAUCCCCGCUGGCACGGAGCCCGGCGUGUACCGGCUCCGCUACUUCGGGCACUACAAGAAGAGGGUGGCCUUCUUUCGUGUCAUCUCUGUCCCCUUUGAGGGCUCAUCCUCAGCUUUUCGAAUCACAGCUCCAUAAGUGAUCCCAUUCCCUACAAGAGUGCGCAGGAGAUUUGGUAUCUGGGCUGUGCAGGGGUUGGACUUGGAUGGUUCUUGUGGUUCCCCUCCAACUCCAGAUGAUUCCACGAUUUUCUGGGAGGGUUUUUUUGUGGCUCUGGAUGUCACUGCCGCCCCUUGGGUGCUGCUGGUCGUCAUUUGAUGUACAAAGCUCAACUUCCUGGGACGUUUUGGCUUUUCCCUGCAGCUGAGUCUCCUCAUGUGUCCUCAGGCAAGUGGUUUCUGUCCUGGCCAGGCCAGGUUUCAGCUGACUCUCAUUGUAAUAAUGAUGUAAAUUCCUCUUUAGUCAUUAAACCUGUGCCUAUUGAUGGUGAAUAGACUCUCCUGGAGGCAAUUCGAUGGAAAUCAGUAAGAACUGAAUUUAUGAGUUAAAGCUGUGGGUGAGGCAGCCCUGAACAGACCCCAGCCUGCUUUGCUGGAGCAUCAGGAAGGACCCAAGGCCAGCAGGCUCUGGCUGGAUGCAGGGCCACCCAG